AGGUUUUGUGUAUUGUGUCCAUUUACUAUGUAGAUCACGACACUCGCCACUGCACUGGCUAACAUAAUUGAACUCGAUUUAAAGUCAUUUCCAGUUAUCAUUGGAUUGUAAAUGUAAAACUGACUGAGCCAGCUAAAUAUCAUGCUCCAUUUGGAGCUUCGGUCUUUGUAGUGUCAGUGAAAGAGUGGCAGAAAUAGCUGGAUCGUGACUUCAAACUUAAUGAGAGGAACUGGGCGUGUGUGUAUGUGGCGUCUGCUCGGUCUCUGUGGGGCAUCGGGCUGAGAAAAACCCUGACCGCUUCAGAAGAACGCUGUGGAUUAACAAUCAGACAAAUCAUUAUAUCAGAAAACCAAUGCUGAUGUUAAAGGAUUCGCACAGAAUGUUUUCUCUUCUUUUAUGAGACUAAUACACUACUUCGAUUUUCUCAGUGAGGAUAAACAUGUUGCUUCCUGAGCUGGACACCUGACAUCUUAUCUUAAAAUGCGAGAGGAUGGAUCGCACAACCAGCCCCGCGUCAGAGUCUGGUCUCUCCAAUGGAUUCGUCAAUAGUGUGUUCAACGUUUCAGUUGACGAAGAGAGCAAGGCUGAGAUCUCAUGGAUUCCAGAGUGCAAUUCCUCAGACUCCAUUAUUCCCGGUCAGACGCUCAGAAGAGAAAAACAGGAAGCGGUCCGGCACUCCAGGACGGCAGCCUUCUGGAGGAUCCUGCAGCGCCGCAAGACCCCCUCGGGUCUGGACAGAAGACCUCACUCCGUCAUCCUCCCCGGUGAAGCGUCCUUCCUCAAGCUGUCCAUCACUAACAAAGUCAGGGUCUUCAAGAAACUAAAGUCCCCUUCUGUAUUUAGAGGGAAAGCCGGUAAGAUUUCUGAUGCCAAAUCCAGCACCGACCUUAAAGACGAGUCUGAUGAUGUGUACAUGUGCAAGGACUCUCCUUCUUCAGACUUCAAGCAUGUGUUUAGGAAUAAAGCCAAGAGACAUUCGUUUGCAGGACACACUGCAGACUUCUACUGUUCAUUUGAGGACCUCGACCCCACUGGAUCCCCAGACAACUCCCAGCAGGAGACCAAAAACACUGUUAGCAAACAAAAUGGGUUUAAGUUGUCACAAAGAGUCAUUUAUACAAAGAAAUCUCACCCCAGCUUCUCAAACUGCAAUAAUUCAUCUGCUACAGAGCCAGAGGAAUGCUGUGCGAAGCAAAGCCUCAAGAUACCUCAAAGAAGUCGUUGGUCCAGGAGGGGUGACGUUUUGAAUUACUUGAGAGGAAUUUCCCUCAAAGGAAAGGGAAAUCAGACGUUGGCAGAGAGUAGUUUUGAGUCGAUGAAUGCCCUGGACAAAACCAUUGAUUCUGACUACGGCUCGGUCAACUUUGAACUGGUCAAGGAUUUGAACUCUGCACCUGAACAAACAGGGAUCGAUGGCAAAAGCAGCCAUUUUCGAGGCCUUUUCAGAUUUUUCAACUCCGUGGCUGAGACUGCAAUGAAAUGGAGAAACUCAUCCCGCUCGUUCUCCCCACCUGAAGGACAGCAGUCAACUCCCGGAUUGAGAGAGACACAGGAGACCGGAGAACUCGUGCCUUUGACAGUCAGGAGCAGCGAGCAGAAAGCUGAAACCUCAGGUCAAGGUAAACCCACGUUAUCUGCUGACAUGAGCAAUGCGGUCUCGCCAGUCAAUGCCAUGGUGGAUUGCUCUCCUCCUGUUGUGCUGAAGGCCUGGAGAACAUGCCCAGACUCUCCGAGAGAUAACACUUCCCUGUGUAAUAACUCAGAUGAAUCACAGUCCCAGCUCAGCUCAACUCACAUCUCUCUAGCCACCAUUGAGAGCCACCCGAGAUCUGAAGAGCCAGAGCCACCAAAAGAGGCACAACCUGACUGUGAAAACCCCAUCCCACAUCACUUAUCCAGCAAAACUGUUGAUGAAAACCAAGAUAUUUGCACGGAAAGGAAAAAAAAUUACUGCCCGGAGGACAUAUUUAAGAGCCUCUCGCGGCCCCCAGGCCAGUCUCCAGCAGAUCCUCCUCUCAAAGCUCUGCUCCAGCGGUGUCGCUCUCUGCCUCUGCCGACCGCGCUGUCUGCACUGGAGCCCAUUGCCCUGACACACGUGCUCACUCCUCCAGCUAAAUCAGUCGUUCUCCGCAUGAGGAACAGCAGCACAGGAUCCAACAGACGCAAGCUGUUUAGACCAGGAUCAGGACCACUGCAUGUCAACAUGUUGAUCAGUGGCGGUUCGGUUGUCAGUGCGGAGGCAGUAUGGGAUCACGUGACGAUGGCCGAGAGGGAGCUGGCAUUCAAGGCGGGAGACGUCAUCAAAGUCCUGGACGCCUCCAAUAAAGACUGGUGGUGGGGUCAGAUGGAUGACGAGGAGGGCUGGUUCCCCGCCAGCUUUGUGAGGGUCGAUCCCCACUCUCCUCAACCUUACACAAAACCAGUUUUCUAUAUCAACCCUAUAGCAACUCCAAGGUUCCAUAACACAACAGCAAAGCUCUGGGUUAAUCAGGAUCGUGCAGAAUCAGCUGAGAGUGCCAGCGAGGUGCAGAAUGGUCACACCGACCCCAGCAACGGCUGCCUGUGCAUCGGCCAACCACUGCAAAACCGAGACCAGAUGAGGGCCAACGUCAUCAACGAGAUCAUGAGCACUGAGCGCCACUACAUCAAACACCUGAAGAACAUCUGUGAGGGCUACUUGAGGCAGUGUCGAAAGAGGAUCGACAUGUUCAAUGAUGACCAGCUAAAAGUGAUUUUUGGAAACAUUGAGGAUAUCUACAGAUUUCAGAUGGGAUUUGUGCGGGACUUGGAGAAACAGUACAACAUUGAGGAACCACAUCUUAGUGAAAUCGGUCCAUGUUUUCUGGAACAUCAAGACGGUUUCUGGAUCUAUUCAGAGUACUGCAACAACCACCUGGAUGCCUGCAUGGAGCUCUCCAAGCUGAUGAAAGAUGGCCGCUAUCAACACUUUUUUGAAGCAUGUCGCCUCCUCCAGCAGAUGAUUGACAUCGCCAUUGAUGGCUUCCUCCUCACCCCUGUGCAGAAGAUCUGCAAGUACCCUCUACAGCUGGCCGAGCUUCUCAAGUAUACAGGACAGGAUCAUAGUGAUUACCGCUAUGUGGCAGCAGCGCUCGCUGUCAUGAGGAACGUCACACAGCAAAUCAACGAGCGCAAAAGAAGACUGGAGAACAUUGACAAGAUUGCUCAGUGGCAGGCCUCGGUGCUGGACUGGGAGGGUGAUGAUAUUCUGGACAGAAGUUCAGAGCUGAUCUACACGGGUGAGAUGUCGUGGAUCUAUCAGCCUUAUGGCAGGAGUCAGCAACGAGUCUUCUUCCUUUUCGAUCAUCAGCUGGUCCUGUGCAAAAAGGACCUGAUCCGCCGGGACAUUCUUUACUACAAAGGGCGCAUUGACAUGGACCGCUAUACGGUGAGAGAUGCCAUCGAUGGACGGGAUGACGACUUUAAUGUCAGCGUGAAAAACGCAUUCAAGCUGCACAACAGAGACAGCGAGGAGAUCCAUGUCUUCCUGGCCAAGAAGCCGGAGGAGAAGAUCCGCUGGCUGAGGGCUUUUCACGAGGAGCGCAGAAUGGUCCAGGAGGAUGAGAAAAUCGGUUUUGAGAUUUCUGAAUAUCAGAAACGCCAGGCUGCCAUGACGGUGCGUAAAGUGGCCAAACAGAAAGGUGUGAGCCAGAGCAGGUGUGUGUCCCCGACGGACCCCUCGUCUCACGGACCCUUCACGCUCUCCGAUGACUCUCCACACGCAGAUCUAGUUGAAUUCAGUGUCUCCAAAUCAGGACAAUCUCCAUUCUGGCAAAACUUUAACAAGCUGACAUUGUUAAAAAAUGGGAAAAAAUAGUUUACUCUUUGUUUGAAUGCUCCCAGCGAUGACGUUCAAGCUGAAGUGUAUUUAUUAUUGACCUUAAAAACUCCAUCUGGAUAUCACUGACUGAUGACAAUCACGAGCCUCGGGAUCGGACGUGUCCAGAGCCCAAACACACCUCGGAGACCCCUCUGCCCUGAUGUUCAUACAUGUCAUUCACUAUUAUUGGAUCAAAAUUCAGUAGAACUGACCAGCUCUUUGGCCAGCUGCGACAAUGAUGGCCAUCAAAUUGAUAAAUGUCUCAAAGGUUUGUUAGUAGCUUAGACAUCUGCUCCACAGUCCCUCUGUCUGCAGGUUAACCAUAAGGAUCAUAGACAAGAGGAUAUAUACACUACAAAUUAAGACACGGGAUGAAACAUUUUAAGCUUUACACACAAUUAACAAUCAAAUCGACUAAACAGGGUAUUGCUUUCUAAUUCACAGAGGUGUUUUUGUCAAUCUGAGGAACGUUUAUUCCUAGUAUUAGUUAACAAGAUCUGUGAAUGUGUCACGAUCUCAAAUCAUGCUCUCCUCAAUCAGUCACACACGUUGUAUAUUGACUGAAAUCAUUUCAUAGGAUAAAUAUAUAUGUUUUUGUAUGUCUUUAAAAGGUAAAGUAGAUUUUUGAAUUCUCCUCCAGAGGGGGUUAUUUUUGAUUGUAUUAUAUGAUUACUCUGUAGUAAGCACACUGAAACCAAUUCAUAUGCUCUGUAUUUGAGGUUUUUUGUUGUUGUUGUUCAUUUGUAAUAGCUACUCUGAAUACUAUUUAUUACUGUAGUCAUUGGCAAAUAAUGCGUUUUUAAUACAUACAGUAAUGUGCAGAAGUCCUGGGCCAUGAAAAAUAAAAGAUAUAUAUAUGAAAUAGGUAAUUUAUUAACUGUACGGAUGUGUUAUGGUGUCUUUGUCAAAUGUAAGAUGUCAUAACAAUCGCCGUAUGGCCUAAGACUUGUGUACAAUGCUGUACAUAGAGAGUGCACUACACAUGUAUUCAUGUGUGCUUAUGAAAAUAAACUCUAUGGCUGUUGAUAGACUCUAACUGAACUCUUCAGUUUACCUGAUAAAUUUACUGUAAAUGAAUGUGAAUAAUGGGACAGCAAAAUUCAGCAAAUACUAAUAUUUGUUGUGUAGUAGAGUGGGAAAUAUGGGACUGAGUACACUGGGCCCAGUGCUAUGGAGACGUAGGCUUGUCCAUUAGAGAGAUCCUCUAUCCUGCUCUCUUUUGGACAACCAGUACACUCAGGCCUUCAAUAUGAGCAGACACAGUAGAUAGCAGAAGACCAGUAUGGUAUUUUUCUUCAUUUCUCAUGACACGGGAUCCACAACGUUUACAGAGCAGUUUUCCUGCUUUGAAUAAAAAGUGCUUUCCAAAGUGAUCUGAUCAGACAAUGGCCCAUUUAAUGUUGUUUGUUGAGAAUUGCAAUGGCUUUUAUAAUUUCUAUUAUUGUAAAUAAAGGCAACUGACAUCCUGAAAUGAAUGAACAUAUUUGUUCAGCAAUUUUUUUCAUCAGAUUUGAAGUGUUACAUUCUAAAAAAAUAAAAA